AUGAAAUGCGACCAAGAAGUAGAGCCUAUUGUGAACACGAAGCACUCUUAUAUUCUCAGGCUGGCCUUCAAGACAAGUAAAGGGAUUAGCCUUCCACAAUGGCUUUCCUGUUUCGAUGUGUACCCUUACCUCGAGAGGUUAGCUAAGGAUGCUGCUCAUGCAAUUCUUGAGCACACAGAAGGCAAACCAGACCUCAUCAUGGGGAACUAUAGUGAUGGGAACUUGGUGGCCACUCUUGUGGCCAGUAAACUUGGCUUCCCUUUGCGGACAAUUGCUCAUGCUUUGGAGAAAACCAAGUAUGAAGACUCAGAUGCCAAGUGGAAGGAGCUCGAUCCAAAGUACCAUUUCUCAUGCCAAUUCACAGAUGACAUGAUUGCAAUGAAUGCUGCUGAUUUCAUCAUCACCAGCACCUACCAAGAAAUCGCUGGAAGCAAGGAAAAGUCAGGACAGUAUGAGAGCCACACUGCCUUCACAAUGCCAGGGCUGUGCCGAGUUGUAUCCAGAGUCAACGUUUUCUAUCCAAAGUUCAACAUCGCUGCACAUGGAGCUUACCAAUCUGUCUACUUCCCAAACACCAAGAAGUCAAGAAGGCUGACCUCUUUCCAUCCUGUCGUUGAAGAGCUGCUCUACAUCAAGGAUGAGAAUAGUGAUCACAUUGGGUACCUAAAUGACCUGGAGAAACCGAUAAUAUUCUCCAUGGUGAGGCUGGACAUAGUGAAGAACGUGACAGGGCUCACAGAGUGGUAUGGAGAGAACAAGAGGAUAAGGAACUUGGUCAAUCUUGUCAUAGUUGGAGGAUUCUUCAACCCAUCGAAAUCGAACGACAGAGAAGAGAUGGCUGAGAUUAAAAAGAUGCAUACUUUGAUGGAGAAGUACCAAUCGAAGGGACAAAUGAGAUGGAUUGCAGCUCAAACCGAUAGGUACCGAAAUGGAGAGCUUUACUGUUGUAUUGCAGACACCAAAGGAGCAUUCGUGCAACCUGCAUUCUGCGAGGCGUUCGGUCUUACCGUAAUUGAAACCAUGAACAGUGGGCUGCCAACUUUUGCCACCGUUCAUGGAGGGCCUGCAGAGAUAAUCGUUGAUGGGGUCUUGGGCUUCCACAUUGAGCCUUACAAUGGAGAUGACAUGGGGAGCAAGCUUGUUGAGUUCUUUGAGAAGUGCAAGGCGCAUCCUGGUUAUUGGAAUAAAAUAUCAGCUGCUAGUCUUCAGAGAAUCAAUGAAUGGUAA